CAACGUCCAACUGUCAAGAAGCUCAACCGUCCACAAAUUUGCCGGUCAAAAAGAAGAAGAAGCAAAGAAAAAACAAAAGAGAUUCAAACAGAUUCUCUUCCACUUGCUAGUUAUCGAUAUUCAUUUGCUUCACGUCUUCAACGUUCGUUCAUUCAAUCAAUCAAUCAAUUCUUUCCAAAGUAAAGCCCUAACCCUAAUUUUAUCAUUUCUCCAGCUCUUGAAGAAGAAAAAGGAAAAAGAAAGUAUGAGCAAUUUGAGAACAAUCUAUAGGCCCCAUACUGUGUUCACCUCUUUCAUGUCUUGCCGUCACCACCAACCUCGAUCCAACGGAGUUAGGGUUUCGUUUAGAAACCACCCUGAUGAUAAGCCUCCGUUAUCUUCGCCGUCUCUUUUCUCUUCUUGGCUCCAUGGAAAUAAUGACUCGUGGUUUCGCGUUAACCAGAGAAGAACCGCCGUUAGGGCUGCUAAUUGGACCGAUCAGAAAUCUCCAUACGAUACUCUUGAGUUGGAAAGAGAUGCAGAUGAAGAGCAAAUUAAGGUUGCUUAUAGACGCUUGGCCAAAUUUUACCAUCCUGAUGUUUAUGAUGGUAGAGGGACGCUUGAGGAAGGGGAAACAGCUGAAGCUAGAUUCAUCAAGAUUCAAGCUGCAUAUGAGUUGCUUAUGGAUGAUGAUAAACACAGACAGUACGAUAUGGAUCACAGGGUCAAUCCUAUGAAGGCAUCACAAGCAUGGAUGGAGUGGCUUAUUAAAAAGCGAAAAGCUUUUGAUCAACGGGGCGAUAUGGCCAUUGCUGCUUGGGCUGAACAGCAGCAGCGUGAGAUGAAUCUCCGUGCCCGACGUCUUGCUCGAUCAAAGGUUGACCCUGAAGAAGAGAGAAGAAUCCUGGCAAGAGAGAAAAAGGCAUCUAUGGAGUACUUGAACAGUACCCUGAGGCGGCAUACACUUGUCUUAAAGAAAAGGGACUUGAUGCGGAAAAAAGCAGAGGAAGAGAAGAAAAAGGCUAUCAGUCAGCUUUUGGCUGCAGAAGGUCUCGAGCUGGAUACAGAUGAAGAUGAAACCCUGUAGAAAAUGCAUAUUUUUGCUCGUUACUCUCCAAUACAUCUACAUUUCAGAAUGUCUAUCAGGAGCACACAAAUACAUAUUUUAUUUGUAGAAAAGUAAAGUGUACAUAUGAUUACUUGUCAAGGAAUUAAUGAGAAUCGCCAUUUAUAGCCA